AUCUAGUUUGUAAAGUAAAGUUUUUCUCUUUUUUGUUUUUUUAAGUGGUCUGUUUGUUGUAAAGUUGUUUCACAUGUGUAGCUUUUAGUUGUUUGAGUCCAGCUGCAGCAUUAGUUGUUUUAACCAAACCAAUGUCUUCUUCUCCAUCUUCUUCUGCUUCUUUGUUGCUAAUUGGAACGGAGAUGCUUGGAGACGAGAUUCGGACCAAUUGCUCAACGGACUUACGGACACUCAAGGCUUUGGAAGAGUCGAGAGUCGCGAUUGUUAUGACCUCUGCGACGAAACCUUGUUCCGUUGGGUUCCUAGAAGAGCUCUUAGUAAUACUCGAAUUUCAGCAAAAAGGUUCACUCAUGGUCAUACCCAUUUUUCUUAAAGAUUACUCUUUUAAUGUGGAAGAAAUCUACCGACAAUAUCCGGAGAAGGCACCAAGUUGGAGAAUUGCACUUACCAAAUUGACCAACUUUGCUGCUGAGUAUCCAUUUUCUCAAAAUCUUGCAGGAAUGGAUCAGUCAGAUCGGCUCAACCAAAUUGUUCAUGACAUAUCUCUUGUCGUGUUCUACUCCGCAUCAAACGAUUCGAAUGCCCUUGUUGCAAUGGAUCGUCACAUGAAAGUAGUUUAUGACUUGUUGGCUUUAGAAGUUAACAAAGAGGUUCGUACCAUUGGCAUUUGGGGUAGUGCUGGUGUUGGGAAGACAACACUUGCAAGGUACAUUUAUUCAGAGAUCUUUGUUAACUUUCGGACAAAUGUUUUCCUAGAUAAUGUUGAAAAUAUGAAAGACAAGCUUCUAAAGUUUGAAGGGGAAGAAGAUCCAACGGUAAUAAUAAGCUCAUAUGAUGGGCAUGAAAUUACCGAAGCAAGGCGUAAACACCGGAAAGUUCUCCUUAUCGCUGAUGAUGUGAACAACAUCAAACAAGGGAAGUGGAUCAUUGAAUAUGCUAACUGGUUUGCUCCAGGAAGCAGAGUCAUUCUUAUUAGCCAGAACAAGCAUUUGCUUGUUGACGCCGGAGUGAGCCAUGUGUAUGAAGUCAGAUCUUUAAGAUAUGAUGAAGCUCUUCAGGUCUUCUCUCAUUUUGCUUUCAAGCAGUCUUAUCCACCUUCUGAUUUCGAAAAGCUUGCAGUUCGUGCUGUCCAUCUCGCAGGCUUUCUUCCUUUGGGCCUUAGACUGUUAGGAUCGUUUUUAUCUGGUAAAGGUCGAGAGGAGUGGGUAGCUGCACUGCUCAAACUCAAGGCAAAGCAAGGUGGAAAUAUAAUGGAAGUGUGGAAACUUAUGGAGCCAUCAGACGAUAAAGGCCAAGAGGAGUGGGAAACUGCAGCAGACAUAGUGGAAGGGAAGGAAUUAUCACAAGACAAAGGUCAAGAGGAGAGGGAAGUUGCUGCGGGCAAAACGGAAGGGAAGGAAUCAUCACAAUAAAAACAAUAAUAGCGGUGUGAAGAGUCACCUGAACAAUUUCCCUUUCACCUUUCUUUGUUUUAUUGACGAAAAUUCGAGUGUGACGCUUGCAAAAAUUAGGGUCCAAAAACCCCUCACUUGUUCUCAUGUUUACUAAAACUCUAAUGCUUAUGUUGUUCCGUUUAAUAAAAGUUGCGAUGACUAUUACAUA